AAGGAUCUUAAAACUUAUCAAAUUUACCCAAAUAUAAAACAUAAAUUAAUAAACGCAAAAAUGUUUGCUAAAUCAGUUCUAAGCGUUUAUGUGAUUGUGGCCCUUGUUGCAGUUAGCCGCAGCAAUCCCGUUGAUAACAAUGGCAAGUAUACGGUUUCAGCGACAAAUUCUAACGACGGCCAAUAUCAAGCCCAAGAUGAUGGACGGUAUCAUCCGAGUGCAAGAGAUGAAGGCCAAGGGGGCUAUAUGGAUUCUUUAGGUCGUUAUCAUCAUAUGCCACAGCCUUAUCAGCAUGUGAGUGAUAAUCGUGAACUUGGCGUUUAUCAUCACAUCCCCAACCCAUACGAUGGUGGCUAUGGACCCUAUGCCGGUCUCAAUCUGCCCUAUAUCCAUGACGCCAGACCAUACAACCACGAUCUGUACACAUCGACAACAACAACCACAACGAAGAAACCAACAACAACAACGGAACGCACCACUACAACAACGACAACAACAACGACCACGCCACGCCCCAUUGUCUUCAACUACGAUGACGAGGGACGCCAUAAGAUUCUGAACCAGGAAGACGCCCGAAAACACGACAAAUACGAUCAUGCUUUCCUGACCGAGAAUGGUAUCUAUGGCGAGGAGCAAGCGAAACUGCAUCAUACCGGCGGAACACAUGCCAAGGGAUUAUUUGAAUACACCGGUGACGAUGGCAAGUUGUAUCGCGUCAAUUACGCUUCCAAUGAUGGUGGAUUCAUGCCUGAGGGUGAGCACAUUCCCACUCCUCCCCCAAUUCCCGAGGCCAUUGCCCGUGCCCUGAAAUAUGUGGAGGAACAGCACAAGGCCAAUGGAGAUAAGCCAUUGUUCGAUCAUCGCGGUUUCCGUAUCAAUCACAUGAAGGACAUCAAGGCCGAGCUCAAGAAAAUACAUCUGGAGGAAAUGCCCAAGGAACUGAGCGAUCAGAUUCUCAUGCUGCAGCACGAGGUCGAACUGGCCGAGGAGGAGGAGGAGCGUGAACUUCUCGAGGAGGCGGAACGAAACCGUGCUUAUUAAAUCAAAGUCGAUUCGGAAUGUGCGAUCCACAACGCGGUGUACUCAUCAAAAGCCAUAAGGAUUGUGUUAGGUCCUAACACCUUCCUACCCCCCACAACCCCCAACACCCUAUAUCCUAUAAAAAAUUACCCCACAUUCCCAUGCAUUUGCCGCCCGCAACUGGCAAAAAUAUAACAAGCCAUUAAAAAAUAAAAAAAAAUAAUAAUAAUAAUGGAAAUCAAGUGGACACUAAAGAUUUGCUACUUGUCCACAUAAGUUAAAAUGUUAAUAUUGUAUUUAUUUAUCAUUAUAUCAAAAACUAAGCUAUUUAA